ACCUUUCUCCAUGUUUUCCCUAGACUGUAGGCUCCGCCUAUAGCCCUCGCGAAUCCCUGUUCCUCUAUCAGUGAUGUUUCUACAGGAGGGGGGAACGAGUUUGUCUCAGUUGUAGGAACCAGUGAGUGAACGAGGUCCAGAAACAGACAGCCCGUGCUGCGAUCCCGGAGAGGCGAUGAUGGCGGCGGCUGUAGAGAGAGGAGGGGUACGAGCCGCCUUCUUGAAUCCAGGCAGCGGUGGUGGUGGCGGCGGACCAGCCCCGAUGCUUGUCCCCGCUGCUCCCGGAGCCCCGUCUGGGGCUGCUGGUUCGGGUUCAGCUUCGGGAGGUUCGGGUCCCAUGCCUGUGCCUAUGAACCUCUUUGCAACAUGGGAAAUAGACCGUUCGUCUCCGAGCUGUGUUCCGAGGUUGUGUAGCCUUACAUUGAAGAAGCUCAUCGUGCUCAAGGAGCUGGACAAGGAGCUUAAUUCUGUGGUUAUUGCUGUGAAAAUACAGGGUUCCAAGCGAGUCUUGAGGUCAAAUGAGUACAUGCUCCCCCCGAGCGGUCUGAUGGAGACAGACCUGGAGCUCACCUUCUCCCUACAGUAUCCCCACUUCCUGAAGCGCGAUGCCAACCGGCUGCAGAUCAUGCUGCAGAGGAGGAAGCGAUACAAGAACCGCACCAUCCUGGGCUACAAGACACUCGCAGUGGGGGUCAUCAACAUGGCUGAGGUGAUGCAGCACCCUACAGACGGGGGCCAGAUCCUGGGUCUCCAUAGCAACGUGAAGGAGGCUCCGUUGCGUGCAGCUGAGCUGAGUGUGUUCUCGCUCUCCAGCCAGCCCAUCGACCCUGAGGAUGGCAGCGGACAACAGGGAGCCAAGGCCAAAGCCUCAGACCGCUCCCCAGACAUGGACAACUACUCGGAGGACGAUGAUGACAGCUACUCCUCAGAGCAGGAGGCCAGUGAUGACGCAGCCCAAGCCCAGGACCUUUAUGACGAGGACGAUGACGUCCAGAGAAAGCCGAAGAAGUCACGGAGGAAAAUGAUCAGGACCACCUCCAUGACCAGGCAACCCAAUUUCAAGCAGAAGUUUGUGGCUCUUCUGAAGAGGUUCAAAGUAACAGACGAGGUUCUGGACUCGGAUCCGGUGGACCAGACGCAGGAGGUGGAGGAGGAUCUGGACCUGCUGUAUGACAGCCUGGAGGUGUACAACCAGAGCGACAGCGGCCCGGAGAUGGACGACAACGAGAGCGUCAUGAACCCUAAACCCAAACUCAAACCCUUCUUUGAGGGCAUGUCUCACUCCAGCUCUCAGACGGAGAUCGGCAGCCUGCACAGCCAGAAGAGCCAGCCACGGGAGUCCACCUCUGGAGACCUGUUGACUGUGGAGAAGAGCAAAUCGUCAGCAAGUCGCUUCACAGACGAGAGCUCUGUCCUGGAGCCUACCCCUGGGGAUGUACCGGAGGAGGAGGUUCUGGUGGGCCCGGUGGCCAUGGCUGCUCCAGAGGUCAGUGCCAGCUGGGACGUGAGCACGGACAAGCUGGCCGGCACCGUGGGCAAACUCUGCAAGACUGAGUCCCAGAGUCACAUGUCCCCCAGUAAAACGGAGAACAAGCUGAUGCGGCGUACGCGGAGCACAUCCAUGAAGGACCGGCAGAACUCCAAAGCCCAGAGCGACCGCACCAGCAGCAUCGACAGCGAGACCUCGCCCGACUCCAGGCUCACUGUACAGGUCCCCAGGAAGUUGGUGUACGACCAGCUGAACCAGAUCCUCAACUCAGAUGAGACACUGCCAGAGAGCAUUAUCCUCAUCAACACCACCGACUGGCAGGGCCAGGUAUGUUCUCUCUGUCCCAGUUGUAACUGUAAUGCCCAGACUCCCCCCCCCAUCAAGGUGGCGGUGGCGGGGGACCAGAGUUACCUCAGCACUGUGCUGCGCUGCUUCGUGGAGCAGCUGGCCAACAAGACGCCCGAUUGGCUGAGCUACAUCCGCUUCCUGGUCAUCCCUGUCGGAUGCCACCCAGUGGCGAAGUACAUCUCCACCUUUGACAGCAAGUUCAACAACAUCUUCAUGGACGCCGGCUGGAGAGACACCUUUGGGAGGCUGGAGGCUCCGACGUCAGAUAACAUUGAUGUGAAUGGACGAGUGACCCAGUACCUGGUUGGAGCCAGUGUGUCCCACCAGUUCCCCAUCUCCGAGGCUAUGCUGACUUACAAACAGAAGAGGAAAAGAAGUUUGUAUUUUGAUUUUUACAUAAGCCCUGAUGAGGAUUCCUGUCAGAAGUUUGUGCCAUUUAUUGGGCUGGUGAAAGUGGGAAUAGUUGAACACAGCCUCUCUACAUCAGUGGACUCUGAUGACUGCAUGGUGGUUGGGGGGGUGACCAUGCUGUCGUCUCCUCCACCCCAGCCCGGGGCUCAGUACGCCAAAGACAUGACCUGCACCCCUCCCUCCUCCCCCUCAGUCUCCAACGCACUCUCUGGAGCAGGUACUCCAGUCAUCGGCGGCGAGGUGAUGGGGCUGCAGGUGGACUACUGGACGUUGCCGGGCGUGGAGAAGCGCAAGGAAGGAGAGAAGAGAGACGCGGGCGUGAAGAACACGCUCAAGAGCAACUUCCGCUCGCUGCAGGUCUCCCGCGUGCCAGCGGGGGGCGAGCUGGCGCCACCGCCAGGGAUGUCCAUGACCGUCGUCAUGAAGGAGAAGAACAAGAAAGUGAUUUUCCUGAGUAAGAAGCCCAAAGAGAAGGAUGUGGACUCUAAGAGCCAGGUGAUCGAGGGCAUCAGCCGCCUCAUCUGCACUGCCAAACACCAGCACACCAUGCUGAGAGUGUCCAUUGACGGCGUGGAGUGGAACGACGUUAAGUUCUUCCAGCUGGCGGCCCAGUGGCCCACCCACGUCAAGCACUUCCCCGUGGGGGUCUUCGGCUACACCAAGCCUGUCUGAUACCCAGACACACACCCCCCCUCCCACGCCAAAACCCCCAACACUUCCACCCCCACCCCACUUGCCAGACCUCCCCUCCCGGGGUCGCUUCAGAUCUUUACCCCCCCCCCCCUUCUGUGAGUGAAGCAUGGGGAUGUCCGGGCUGUUACAGCACAACGAAAAAAAGAAAGGAAAUGAAAAUACUUUUUGGAAGAGAGAGAGAGAGCAAAAAGACUUGAAUGAAGGAGGAAAAGAAAAAGAUGAACGAAAGUCAAGGACGGUUGGAUUUUCCUGUGGACGAAAAAAAAAAAAAAAGAAGUGUUGACUUUUGAACCUGUGUGUCACCGCCAUCUUGCCCACCUACCCCUUACUGGCUGUUGUCAUGGUAAUUGUUGAUGUUAUUGGUGUGUAAUGAUCUCCCUUCUACCUGGCUAAAUGGAGUGGGAUAAGGAAAAAAGAAAGAACAGUUUGUUCAUGUGUUUUCAAGCGAAUGUGCUGCCUUUAAAAGAUACAAAAAGAAGAAAAAAGAAGACAAAACACACGUCCCAGGGACUGUGUGUGUAGUCAUUAGGAGUUGGUAGUCAGCAUAUCAGGCAGCUUGGUUUUGCACUUUUUUGUCGUUUGAUUUUUGUAUAAGAAAGGUGUUUUGUUUUGUUUUAUUGUAUUAUUUCUGUGAAAUCCUGUGAGUAGGUGCUCUGUGUGCUGUUUAAAAGGGGGGGCAGGGAGACUAGUGUGUGUGUGUGUGUGUGUGUGUGUCUGUGUGUCUGUGUGAAUGUGUGUGUGCAUGUGUUAUAGUGCGCUGGGGUGCUUAGAGAAUGAAGUGUUCCUGAGACAGAACUAUUUUCCUCUAACCAGAGAGGAAUGCACUCCUUCUCCUCUUACAGUCGAUAUUUUCUAGUCCAUUCUAAGUGACUUAAACUCCAGUUUCCUUUUUUUUUUAUAUAGGACACGAUGACUUAACUAGCUAGUAUACUUGCCUUUUUUCAUUUGAAACAAGUGUGUGUGUGUGUGUGACGUUUGAAGCAUGUGAAAGAGUGGGGAAUCCAGCAGCUUAUUUCACUUAGGAGGAUGCAGGAGUGGAGAGGCGCUCGUGCACACACAGAUGUGUAUAUGUGUGUGUGUGUGUGUGAGUGGCGCUCGUGCACACACAGAUGUGUGUGUGUGUGUGUGUGUGUGUGUGUGGCGCUCGUUCACACACAGAUGAACAUAGGCCUGUCUGUUGACUAUCUAAAAGAGGAAGGAAGGAAGGAAGGAGAGGCAGGCAGACAAUCUUGUUUUGUUUUGUUUUUUGGUCAAGCUAAAAGUUGUACCAUAUAUAUAUGGUAUAUAUGGUAUAUAUAUAUAUGGUAAAAGUUAUACCAUAUAUAUAUACUAUAGUAGUAUAUAUAUAUAUAGUGCUUAUGAUAGGCGCUUACCAUAUAUAUAUAUAUAUUAUAUAGUGCUUAUGAUAGGUGCUUAUUUAUCACGUAAAGUCUGGACCAGCAUCCCGGUGCUGCAUUGACCUUUGUGCUUUGACCUUUGUAUAUUGACCUUUGUGUAUUGUCAGUACAGGACUCACACCGCCGUAUGGUAGCUUGGGCCAUCACUCCUGCGGUAGCCAUCGUCGUGGCACUCUGAAUGGACCACUCUGAGAGCACGUGCAGUUAUUGGUGGGGGGAUAGUUAUUGCUGUUAAGGCAGCCACUGUAUCUUUACCAUCUAAACUCAUCGCAGGGUCAACAUCAGAGAGGCAGCCAUAUUGCCAGCGUGUGGCCACCCGUGUCACCCCAAACGUGCCGUGCAUGGCAUUAUGAGUUGGCAGUGGGCAUGGCAUCUGUGGAACCGGUCAGCGUUGGCACCUAAGCCUUGUGUGUUGUUGUGCCUAGCCCUGACGCAGUCAAAUAAUGCCACGUGCGUCAGAGUAACACAGCGUGGCACCAUCUGGUAAUACGGCGACUCUGCCAAAGUUGCCAUGGUGGACACCUACCGUUUUUGGUGAUAUCUGUACUUUCAAUAAACACAGGACCUUCAAACCUUCUCUGAUUUUAAGGGCUGAUAACCACUGUGGGGUUCUGGAAGGUUCUGGAAGGGUGUGAAUACUGGAGCUUGCAGGGGAUGGUAGACCCCUAGCAAACACUCUCGUAAGGCUUACUGUAUAUAAGUCUUAUCUUUCUGUUGCGCUUUCUCUUUCUCUCUCUUGCUCUCUUCCUCUCUCUCUCUGUUUUUUCUCUGCCACAUUAAAAACCCUUUAAUAGUGAGUGCGUUUGCAUUGCAAGACGAUUUUUAACUUUUACCGUUUGGAAGUGAUUGGUCUGCUGUGAGGGAAUUUUUUUUCAAAAGCUCUUAAAAAGCUCCAUUUUGGCUUGAUAUUACAUGGUGUUUCAGUGUCACCUAAGGAACAAGGAGAAAACAAGAGAAUGUCAUUAAAGUGUUCUGAAUGUUUAUAUACUGUAUGUUUGCAAGCAUGUGGUUUAACACAGUCUGUGUGUGUGUGUGUGUGUGUGUGUGUGUGUGUGUACAUCGUCUGUGUAUGUGUUUAACGCAGUCGAGUGUGUACGUUGGUGUGUGUGUGUGUGUUUUCUAGGGAGUUGCAUUGUGACCUCUGUGCUUUCGUCUCCUGUGGGUGUUUGAGGAAGGGGUGUACUGUGAAAGAUUUGGGGAUCUUAUGGAACUUGCCUGAAGGGAAUGUUGUGUGUGUGUGCGCGCGUGUGAGUUUGUGUGUGCAUUUGUGUGUGUGCG